AUGCUCUCAUUCAAUUCAAAAAGUUCUUCCACUGCGCAAACAGCACAGAAACCUGCUAGGGCUUGGUGGAAAGAAAGCACUGUCUACCAAAUAUACCCGCCAUCAUUCAAGGACUCAAACGGAGACGGCAUCGGCGAUCUUCAAGGGAUCAUUUCGAAGCUUGAUUAUAUUCAAGGGCUAGGCGUCGAUAUUGUCUGGCUAAGUCCAAUCUUCACCUCCCCACAAGUUGACAUGGGCUAUGAUAUUUCCGACUAUUACAAUAUCCAUCCCCCAUAUGGAACAGUGGAGGAUGUUGACCGACUUGCUGCUGCGCUUCACGAACGGGGUAUGAAGCUAGUGCUUGAUCUAGUCGCAAAUCAUACUUCGGAUCAGCAUCAUUGGUUUCAAGAAGCAAUAUCGUCACCGUCCAAUCCGUUCCGUGACUGGUAUAUCUGGCGUAAACCGGUAUUUGGCCAGGAUGGGAAACCACAACCACCGAACAACUGGGUUUCGUAUUUCGGAGGAAGUGCAUGGGAAUAUCACGAACCAUCCGGCGAAUAUUACUUGCACCUGUUUGCAAAAGAACAACCCGAUCUGAACUGGGAGAACCCCAAGGUUCGCCGUGCCGUUCACGAUAUAAUUCGAUUCUGGCUUGAAAGAGGCGCUGAUGGUUUCCGCAUGGAUGUCAUCAAUUUCAUCAGCAAGGACCAACGCUUUCCUGAUGCACCUGUUACCAGUGCCGGCCCGUGGCAGAAAGGUGCUAGGCACUAUGCAUGUGGACCAAGGCUUCACGAAUAUUUGCAGGAGAUAGGCCAGAUAUUGAAAGAAUAUGAUGCUUUCUCGGUUGGAGAAAUGCCGGAAGUGAAUGACUGUGAUGAAAUCAUCAAAGCUGUUGGACACAAUCGUGGCGAGCUAAGCAUGAUCUUCCAUUUUGAAAUUGUCUCCCUCGACCACGGUGCUGGUGGCAAGUUUACUUCUAAAACGUGGGACAUGGGUGAACUAAAGCGUGCGGUGUCGAAAUGGCAGACAUUUAUGCACAACCAUCAAGGCUGGAAUGCAUUGUAUCUUGAAAACCAUGAUCAACCUCGUACUGUCUCGCGGUUCGGUUCUGAUGAGCCAGAAAAUCGUGCCAUGUCCGCUAAAAUGCUGGCCAUCUUCUUAGGAUUUCAAAGUGGUACACUCUUCAUUUACCAGGGCCAGGAGCUCGGUAUGCCAAACGUGCCAACGCAUUGGACAAUUGAGCAGUACCGAGAUGUUGAAACGUUAAAUCAUUACAAAGAGAUUAUCACGAGCGGCUCGCCAGGGGUGAGCCUUACUGAGUACCGAUCGAAAUCCAGAGAUAACGCGCGUACGCCUAUGCAAUGGGAUGGUUCGAGCCAUGCCGGCUUUUCGACCGUCCAACCUUGGAUGUCGGUGCAUGAUGAUUAUAGAAAUCUCAAUGCAGCGAUGCAGAUCAACGACGAGCGGAGUGUGUACCGGUUUUGGGCUACUAUCUUGCGACUCCGAAAAGAAUUCCCUGAUACUCUUGUUUACGGCUCGUUUGAGCUCAUUUCGAGUGAUCACCCUGAUGUGUUUGCUUACGUACGGGCCUCAGAGGCAGGUUCCGCUGUGAUUGUUACCAAUUUCCGUCCCCGAGAAGUGAAUUGGGUACCCCCAGACAUGCUCAGUCGUCGGGUUGGACCCGGAGCCAUUCUCCUCGGAAACUAUCCAGACCGUGCCAUCCGUAGUUUCUCGGGACAGGGAAUUAGCCUUCGUCCAUUGGAGGCAUUUAUAUGGCUAGGAGUGGCUGAAGAGCCUCAUCUGUGAUUGUUUGCUCAAUUGAAUAAGCCCAUGACUAUAUCUGGACUGACCAGCUCACUAACAAUCGGAUAAGUAAACACAUGUGAGUUCGUGUGGCUGUUCAACCGAAAAUUCAUGGAGCCUGU